CUCGGUGUGGCGCAGGGGCGCGCUGUCGAUUGUGCGACCGGGCCCUGUCCUUCGCACGACUUGCCGACUUGCUCCGACUCGGGAACUGCGAACCCCAGGAACUGCAGGCAGGCAGGCACGCAACAUGGACACUCCGAACAAGGCCCAAAAAGCAAGGCCGGACUCUGAAGGCGGGUAGACAGCGAUAGAGACAGAUACGGUUAGAUACAUGGGUAGCACCCUUCUGUGCUACUGUACUGCUACCGUAGCCUUCACAAAGUCCAUCGGCAACGCAACAAAUGCUCGCUAGCACACCUUUAGCGUCCGCCGCUGCCCCACACCGAAACUACACCUGGUGUGUAGUCGGAGCUGGCCCUGCGGGUAUAGCAGCCGUUGGAAAGCUCCUCGACAACGGCGUCAACGCCACCGAUAUCGCUUGGGUCGAUCCCAAAUUCGACGUUGGCCUUUGUGGGCGCAAAUGGCGGUCCGUAUGGAGCAAUACCUCUGUCGCUACCUUUACUCGCUUCCUUGAGGCCUCUCCCGCAUUCGGCUACGACAAGUGUGAGACCCAGUUGGCACUGCACCAGAUGGACGCCUCUGAAACGUGCCAGCUCGGCGCGAUGGUCGAGCCUUUGCAAUGUGUUACCGCGACUCUCAUGCGCAAGGUUUUUUGCUUUCACGACUUUGUGGUCACGGUCGAACGGUCUGGAGCAACAGAUGACUGGCUGAUGGAGCUGGACAGUGGCAGCACCUUGACUUCCACGAACGUCAUCCUCGCCAUUGGAUCAAAACCUCGCACCAUGUCCUCAGGCGACGUUCCCAUCCUUCCCGUCGAACACGCCUUGUGUAUCGAAACCCUCUGCACAAAAGUUAAACCCACGGACAACGUCGCCGUUUUCGGUUCCUCGCACUCGGCCAUCAUGAUCGUUCGGGACCUCCUAGCGUGUGGUGUCUCUAACGUUGUCAACUUCUACCAAAGUCCAUUGAUCUACGCUGUGUUCUACCCGGACGGCACUAUCCUCCACGACAACACGGGCCUAAAAGGCAAGACGGCCGAAUGGGCGAAAGCGAACCUCGAGCACGGCAAUCUGCCUACCAACAUCCAACGUUACCAAUCCACGCCACAAAAUAUCGAAAAGUACCUCCCCACCUGCACAAAAGUCGUCUACGCUAUUGGGUUCCAGCAGGAAACCAUAAGCGUCAAAGGUAUCCCUAAUCCGAUCCCGUACGACAACAAAACCGGCAUCAUUGCUCCUGGACUGUACGGCGUCGGCAUAGCGUUCCCUGAACUGGGAACGGACGCGGCGGGGAAUAUGGAACUGAAAGUGGGCAUGUGGAAAUUUAUGGAUUACCUCUCCCGUGUCGUGCCAAAGUGGGUUGCUGCGACCGCGCUAUAGAGAACGCUUGGUAAAACGCGGACGGGAUGUACAUAUGUAUAUAGCAUAGAAUCUUUCAUCGACCAUCCCUCCCUCCCACCGUAGCUUUCAGUCAUAGCACUCGAUAGCUCAAAAGAGAUAAGGGUUAGGGUUUAGGCAAGUGCAUUUGUGGCGAAUGAAAAC